UAGGUGUGGUCACACAGGUUUCCUGAGAGUUGAGGAAACGGAUUUGUCAGGUGCAGUUGUGUUUAGAGAAGCACAAGAGCAGGAUCAAGAUGGAUUUCAAUCUGUCUGCGGCUGUAGACGAUGAGUCGGUGAAGAAAGAGGAUGCACAGAAGGAUGAAUUUAGCUUUCCCUGGGGCAAAAACAAAGACAAGAAGGAUGACAAACACAAGUCUGACUGUAAAGACAAGUCUGAAAAGAAGAAAAAGUCUGACUGCAAAGAUAAGUCAAAAGACAAGGAUGGCCAUGAUGACAAGGAGAAGAAGAAGAAGAAGAAGAACAAGGAACAGGGAGGGGAUGGUGGCUGUUCCUCCUCAUCCUCCUCCUCAUCCUCAUCAUCGUCCUCCAGCAGUGAUGAGAACUGAUGGCUCCCAGUGGAUCCAGUUGCUCUUCAUCCCUCUAAUCUUGCCUAAUGAUGAAGGGAUGCCUGUCUUCGUGGUCUAGUUGUGUCAGCUUUUUUUUCCCCAAUUCAUUCACUGGUUUCCCAGAAAUCCACUGGUCUGUAAGCCAAGCUGGAAGUGCAUGUUGAGACCAGUCUGUCCCACGAGUGGAGCAAUACUGUCCAUCACCACCAGAUGGCAGUGCCACCCGUGAUUGAGACGUGCUGCAUUUUUCUUUGUGACAGAUUGAAAUCCACAUGUGAAUUGUAAAGUUUUCAUGAAGAAUCGUGUUUAUUUUUAUGGCAAGGAUUAAAUAAAAUUGUUAUUAGUCUCUA